GUCUCCCUCCCCAUUCAAAGCCUCUCGAGCUCAACCAAAGCAUUCCUCUCAUCCUCUGCUUCCCUCCUCUGUUUCUUGGAGAUACACCGUUCAGCUGUGUGUAGUGCGCUCCCUGUGCUGUAGCCAUGGUGGUUCUUGCCAAGGGCGAGCUGGAGCAGAUCGCGCACCCGGCUGUGCAGCGUGCCGCACCGCCACUGGCCGCCGUACCGGAGGUCGACCUGGCCGAGGCCGCCGCCCGGGCGGCGGUCGCUCGUGCAGUAGCGGCGGCGUGCGAGGAGCACGGGUUCUUCAAGGUGACGGGCCACGGCGUGCCGGCCGCGCUCCUGGCGCGCGUGGAGGCCGCGGCGGCCGCGUUCUUCGCGCUCCCGCAGCGGGAGAAGGAUGCCGCGAAGGUGGCGCCCGGCGGCAGCCCGUUCGGGUACGCCAGCAAGCGGAUAGGCGGCAACGGCGACAUCGGGUGGGUGGAGUACCUCCUGCUCGGCGUCACCGCCGCCGGCGCCGCCGCGACUGUGGCGUUGCCCGGCGCGCCAUUGUCUGCGUCCGCGGAGGAGUCACUGGCGUCACCCUGCUGUUUCCGUGAUCUUUUGAACGAGUAUAUUGCAGCUGUGAGAAGGAUGACUUGCGAGGUGCUGGAGCUGAUGGCAGAGGGACUGAAUCUCGACGAGAAAGAUGUGUUCACUAGGUUAGUGUUGGACAAGGACAGUGACUCGAUGCUGAGAGUGAACCACUACCCACCGCGGCCUGAGCUGAAGCAGUUGGGGCAUGAUAGGUUGACCGGUUUCGGCGAGCACACCGACCCUCAGAUCAUCUCAGUCCUCCGAUCCAAUGACACGUCUGGGCUAGAGAUCUCGCUGCGCGAUGGCAGCUGGGUGUCAGUGCCGUCGGACAAGGACUCAUUCUUCAUCAAUGUUGGAGACGCCUUGCAGGUUCUGACGAACGGGAGGUUCCGGAGCGUGCGGCACCGAGUGAUGGUGAAUAGCGCACGGCCGCGGGUAUCGGUGAUCUUCUUUGGGGGGCCGCCCCCGCGGGAGAUGCUGGCGCCGCUGCCGGGGCUGGUUGGCGAAGGCGCGAGCCGCCGGUACAGGGAAUUCACGUGGACGGAGUACAAGACCUCCGCGUACAGGACCAAACUCGCCGAGAACCGGCUCUGCUACUUCGAGACCGCCGCGACGAGCUAGCUGAGCUGACACGCGGUUCAUCGGCAUCGGCUUCAAUUCUUCGACGUGUAGAAACUUUUGUGUUUGACAUGUUUUUUGUUUUUACUUUUUAGCUGAGUGGUAUAUAGUGUUGUCUUGUGGUUAGUUGGUGGCUUGGUGCACUGCGAAAUAAGCUGACUACGACAAAAGACUCUUCAUC